AAACCUCUUGAAGCAACGUCAUUCCUCCUCCAUUCUUCCUCCUCUUCCUCUUCCUUCUUCUCCUCCAUCACCAUAAUAAUCACCAACCCUCUUCCCCAGUCAACGACAUUGCGAACAGCAUUCUCCUGUUCUCAGCUGCGCUCAUCAGGUACGUCUUCAACAUCCUAGACCUCGUCUUCUGCUUGUUCCAGGAGUGCUCGUCUCGCUUGCUUUGCCCGUUUCUCUCACACGACACUCCCCCGACCGCCCCUUAUCGGCAGACAAAAAAGCUCCAGACCAGACCACACGCAGGCAGAGCAAGAGAGCCACAGGGAGCGCGCGCGUGCGAGCGAGACAGAGACAGCUACGUAGCUCCUCUCAACCUCCCUUGUCAAAUCCUACCCUGCAUCAAUCAAAGCUUCCAAAUUCUCGGGCCACUUUUGCUCACGCCGCCUUUCGCUUCCUGCAGAACAUCUCCAUCCUCUCCCGAAUCACCUCCUAUCCACGCAACGCGCGCCCGUCCACAGUCUUCCUUCGCCUAGUCCAACUCGCCCCGACGGUACUGCUCAGCGAGCGCAACAGCUUCCAGACGCCUCAUCUCCUCGCCAGCUCGUCGAAAUGGCUGAUUCCGCCCCGGCCGUCAACGGCGGCUCUCUUCUCGAGACCACCAAAUCUAACGCCGCUGCUGCGUACCAGUCUGUUACCAACGGCCCCGUUGCGCAGAACGUCUACGACCACACUCAGAAGGCUUCCAACGAGCUCUCCAACCUGGCUGCUGCUCGACGCACUCCCUCGACUCCCGCUGCCACUGGCCAGCCUCUCACUCACUACCACUCCUUUUUCUCUGAGCUCCUGUCUUGGAACAACCCUCGAGCUUCCGGUAUUGCCUACGUGACCACCGUCUCCCUUAUUUUUGCUGCCCGAUACUUGGAUGUCCUCCGAUGGGCUUUCAAGGUUUCGUGGAUGGUCCUUGGUGUGACCAUCCUCGCCGAGGUUGUUGGCAAGAUCGUACUCAACAAUGGCCUGGCUACUCAGGUUCGCCCUCGUCGAUACUACACCGUUCCCCGUGAGACUCUCGACCACAUGAUUGGAGAUGCCCACGAGCUCGUCAACUUCUUUGUUAUUGAGGCCCAGCGAAUCAUCUUUGCUGAGAAUGUCUUUGCUUCUGCUGCUGCUUUUGUCGCUGCCUUCAUUUCUUACUACCUUGUCAAGCUCGUUCCCUACUGGGGCCUUGCUGUUAUUGGCACCACUGUCGUUUUCUUUGUUCCUCUGAUUUACACCUCCAACCAGGAGCUUAUUGAUGAGCAACUCCACCACGCCUCGGAGCUCAUCAACUCGCAGACCGCCCAGGUCCGAGAUGUUGCCUCGAAGCAGAUGGAGCAGGUUUCGGCCAUUGGCAAGCAGUACGCCGGCGACUACAGCGGCAAGGUCCAUGACCUCCUCCGAGGCAACCAUGGUUCGCGCCAGAAGAUUGAGAAGCCCACCAAGGCCGCUGCCCCUGUCGUCAAGGAGCCCGAGUUCCCCUCUCCUCCUACUGAGGACCCCGUCAAGUCGGAGGCGGCUCCCCAGAUUCCCACCCCCGCAGCUCUCAAGGAGGAGAUCUCCGAGCCUACUGCUAUCGAUGCUGAAAUUCCCGAGGUUCCCAGCGAGCCUGUUGUCGCCAACAAGGAGCCCAUGAUUGCUUCCUAA